UUUUCCAGAAGAGAAGGCAAAGUCCAAGUACAGGAAGUGAUUGGAGCAGGUUCCGGAAUCACACAGAAGCGGCUGUGAUCAGGAGCCCGCCUGGUGCUUUCACCGUCAACCACGUUUCCUUGCGCUGAAGUAAAACUAAAGCUUCCUUCAUUUACAAAAAAAAAAAAAUGGAUCAUUCUGACCACUGGAGGACUCGGUUAUCACAAUACUUCUGUGCUACUGACUAAGAUUUAUGACAACAAAUUAAUGACGUUUCUACAUUAUGGGACUGUUGAAGAACUAAAAGAGGAUAUUUUCUCAUAAGAAUAGUUUUGUAGAAUCCUAUUACUAAAUAAAAUUUAAAAGCAGUUAUUAAAUUACUAGAUUUGCUAACACAAGCACAUGUGCAGCAGCUACUGUAUACUAAUAGUUACUGAACCUCAAAUUGAGAUGUUUUCCCUUUCUGGGAGAAGUCAGUAUGUUUGCAAGGAACGACUGAACAGUGUCACUAAGUACCUUGUCAUCUAAGUGUCAGCAUUCUGAAAAGUUCCAAGUCCUGCCCUAAGUGGGUUUGAUAUUAUGGCAGCAACUUACAGACUUGUGGUUAGCACCGUGAACCACUACAGCAGCGUGGUAAUAGAUCGGCGUUUUGAGCAAGCUAUACAUUAUUGCACGGGAACGUGCCACACCUUCUCCCAUGGAGUUGACUGUAUCGUGGUACACCAUAGUGUUUGUGCAGAUCUCUUGCACAUCCCUGUAUCUCACUUCAAAGAUGUGGAUCUGAACUCCAUGUUUCUGCCCUCUGAGAAUGGGCUCUCCCCAGCUGAAGGUGACUACACCCAUCCGACCCUCACUGGCAUGCACAGGGUCAAGAGAGGAUCUACAUUUCAGAAUACCUGUAACUUAAAGGACAUUGCAGGAGAAGCGAUCAGUUUUGCCAGUGGGAAAAUAAAAGAAUUUUCCCUUGAAAAACUGAAAAAUUCUAACCACACAGCUUACAAAAAAGGAAGGAAAGUUAAGUCUGACUCAUUUAAUAGAAGGUCAGUUGAUUUUGACCUGCUCUGUGGCCAUUAUAACAACGAUGGGAACUCUCCCUCCUUUGGUUUACUCCGCAGUUCCUCCGUUGAGGAAAAGUCCUUGUCCCACAGAAACUCACUUGAUACAAACCUAACUUCCAUGCUUCUUCACAACUUCUCUGAAGAAGACCUAGUAACUCAUAUUUUAGAAAAGCAUAAAAUAGAUAACUUUUCUUCUGGGACAGACAUAAAGAUGUGCUUGGAUAUCUUGCUGAAAUGUUCUGAGGAUUUGAAAAAAUGCACAGAUAUCAUAAAACAGUGCAUUAAGAAAAAGUCAGGUGGUGACAUCACUGAAGGAAAUACUAAUGAUGUCGUUUCUAGCUCUGAAACGGUCUACGUGAAUGUAAUGACCAGGUUAGCGUCCUAUCUGAGGAAGUUACCGUUUGAAUUCAUGCAGUCUGGGAGCAACGAGUCUGUAGAUUUAACAGAACUGAUCAGUAACAUGCCUGCCUUACAACCAACUCCCUGUUCCCCAAUAUUUGGCACUGAUCAGCCCCCUAAAUAUGAGGAUGUUGUCCAACUCUCAGCCUCUGAUUCUGGACAGUUUAAAACUAACGAACCACAGGAUGACAAGCAUAAUUCUAGGAAAAUGGAUACCAUAAAAUCCAUCUCCAACAGUUCUACACAUUCUUUAUAUGAUGUAGAGGCAAAAGCCACCCAGUUUCAAUCACCAAUAUUACCCAUGAACUCUUCAGAAAAUGUAACAUCUGGUGACUUACUGGAAAUGCUUUACAUUGAAGAAGACUCAGAUGGAAAGAAAGCAUUAAAUAAAGGGCAAAGGACAGAGAAUGGACCCAGACUGUUGAAGGUAAGUGAAUGUGGAGCAGAAUUUUCAGACCAUUGUGCUCAUCUUAAAAAUUGUCCUGCCUCAACACAGAAUGAAAUUGGCAAGGCAUUUGAAAAACCAGGUGCUCAUCCAGCCAAGAAAGACCCUAAAUCGAAAGCUGCUAAAGUUGAAGUAGGAGACCAGAAGGAUUUUGUGAACCCUAAUAGUCAAGAAGAGAUAGAUAAAUUGUUAAUGGAUUUGGAGUCAUUUUCACAGAAGAUGGAGACCUCUUUAAGAGAGCCACUUGUCAAUGGUAAAAACUUGGAUUCUCUCAACAGUCGUGGUCAGAUGACUGGUCAUACCCCUGUUGAUCUUAAGCCUAAAUCUAAAGUCUCUUCAUCGGCAGAAAAAGUCUCACCUUCCUGCCUAACAAAGAUUAUUGAAACCAACGGACACAAGAUCGAGGAAGAAGAUAGAGCCCUUUUACUGCGAAUUCUGGAAAGCAUUGAAGACUUUGCUCAAGAACUAGUUGAGUGCAAAUCAAGCAGAGGAAGUCUAUCACAAGAAAAGGAAAUGAUGCAAAUUCUUCAAGAAACCUUGACAACGUCCUCUCAGGCUAACACGUCACCCGGCAGAGCUGCUGUCUGUGAAAAAGCCCAGGACGCUCCUUCAGCAGUGUUGAUCCAGCAGACCCCAGAGGUAAUCAAGAUUCAAAAUAAGCCAGAAAAGAAACCUGGAACACCACUUCCAUCUCCAGCCACCUUCCCAAGUAGUCCCCGACCUGUGUCCCCUGCUCCCCGCGUGAAUCAUGUUGUGAAUGCGCCAUUGUCCGCAAACAUUCCACGGUUCUACUUUCCUGAAGGACUCCCAGAUACUUGCAGUAACCAUGAACAGACUCUCAGCAGAAUUGAGACUGCUUUUAUGGAUAUUGAAGACCAGAAAGCAGACAUUUAUGGAAUGGGGAAAAUUGCAAAGGUCUGUGGCUGUCCUCUGUACUGGAAAGCCCCCAUGUUCAGGGCUGCAGGGGGAGAGAAGACAGGGUUUGUGUCGGCGCAGUCCUUCCUUGCCCUGUGGAGAAGGUUGCUGAAUAACCAUCAUGAUGACGCCUCUAAGUUCAUCAACCUGCUGGCCAAGCCCAACUGCAGCUUCCUAGAACAGGAGGACUUCAUCCCUUUACUUCAGGAUGUGGUAGAUACACAUCCCGGCCUGACGUUCCUGAGAGACGCCCCGGAAUUCCACUCCCGCUACAUCACCACGGUUAUUCAGAGAAUAUUCUACACGGUCAACAGAUCCUGGAGUGGAAAAAUUACUUCAACAGAGAUAAGAAAAAGCAACUUUUUGCAAACUCUAGCCCUUUUGGAAGAAGAGGAAGAUAUAAAUCAAAUCACAGAUUACUUCUCCUAUGAACAUUUCUAUGUUAUUUACUGUAAAUUCUGGGAAUUAGAUAGUGACCACGACCUCUACAUCAGCCAGGCUGACCUGUCUCGCUACAAUGACCAGGCGUCCUCAAGCAGAAUUAUUGAAAGAAUAUUCUCCGGGGCAGUGACAAGGGGAAAAACAGUACAGGAAGAGGGAAGAAUGAGCUAUGCAGAUUUUGUUUGGUUUUUGAUCUCCGAGGAAGACAAAAGGAACCCCACCAGCAUUGAGUAUUGGUUCCGCUGCAUGGACGUGGAUGGAGAUGGGGUGCUCUCCAUGUACGAGCUGGAGUACUUCUAUGAGGAACAGUGUGAACGAAUGGAAGCCAUGGGCAUUGAGCCCUUGCCAUUCCACGACUUGCUGUGCCAGAUGCUUGACCUGGUGAAGCCAGCCAGUGACGGCAAAAUAACUCUACGAGAUCUGAAGAGAUGCAGGAUGGCUCACAUCUUCUAUGAUACUUUCUUUAACCUGGAGAAGUACUUAGACCAUGAGCAGAGAGACCCCUUCGCGGUCCAGAAGGACGUGGAGAAUGACGGGCCGGAGCCCUCUGACUGGGACAGGUUUGCGGCUGAGGAAUACGAGACUCUGGUUGCUGAGGAGUCUGCCCAAGCACAGUUCCAAGAAGGUUCCUUUGAAGAUUAUGAAAUAGAUGAACCUGUCUCUCCAACUGAAUUUGGAAACAAAGGCAAUAAGAUAACUUCAAACGUUUCAGAGCAAUUUGAGAAGCUGCAGUCAGUGGAUGAAGAGUAGCAGCGCAACUACUGGUGUCUACAUAAAAGAUGUGUGUUUUCUAUCUUUUUUCCUCAUGAAGUGAUUCUCUUUGCAUAUAAUGCUUCUAAAGGCCUGGAGAAGUGUGUAUCUGCACUAGCAACACUGAAGUGUUUUUAAACAGUAAAUCUAGAUACUCACCCAACUUCGGAGGCUCCUCCAGGUUGCCUCCAACCUCUGGCAGAGUUCGUUGGAGUAUCACAUAGCAUCACCUUCGAAGUCUGCAGAUGAGCACUCUGCCCCCUGAAUGUACCAAGCAGCUCUCAGUGACAGAGCCAAACACCACUCUGCACAGAAGAAGUAGUUGCCUCGAGUCGGUCAGCAUACGAGGCCCCUCAGAGCUCCUAUGGAGCCUAGAAGAUACCUUUACUUGCAGAAAAACUUGAGUAAGAAUAUUCUGGAACUUGAAAAAUUAAGGGCGGCCUCCAGAAUUGAGUUAGCCCUAGUAAUGAAAGCACUGCCAAAACAUCUCCGAGACCUCUUUUACUUAUGUGUACUGGAGUUCAGACAUCUUGAACUUAACCUAGUUUAAUGCAACUUCACAAUGACCUGCCAAACUGCUAGUCACUUUACAUCCUCAGGUAUUGUAACCACUGGGCCUUCCAACUUGGCUGACAGCCUUUAUCAACCUCCCCACCCUCACUGUGGCUCUCAUACAGAAUCUCGAAAUUGCUCAAAUGAAGUACAGAAUUUGACUAAUACUUGAAGAAAGUUAUUUUAUCUAACGUUUGUAGACAACCAUUGAAUGAUUCAUCAAUCUCCAAAUUCAAUCACACCCCAUCUUUACUUCCUAUACAGAAGGCCUGCUUGGAAAUACUGCAUGAAAAUCCUUACUAGACAUACUCUGUCCUUGACCAUGAGAUGAGGACAGGAGUACACGCCUCUUCCUAACAUCACUCCCGAUGUCCACACUGGCUACUCCAAGCACUUCACCACCUCAACAUUUAUUACAACCAUGGAAGAAAACAGCGACAGGCCCAGAAGGAGAAAGCUGCCAUGGACACUCAGAGUAGCUGGGUUCAGGAGGGAAUCCUUAAUCUUUUUCAGCAGGCCACAGUAAAUCCUACAGUAUUUGCGGGGGGGGGGGGGGGAUAAAAAUGAAAAAGAAAUUUAAAAAACCACCAAGCAAUGUCCCAACAUUCAUCUCUAUUAAAACAAUCAACUUCUUCCCUAAAUACUCCUUUAACCAGAAUGGCUUCUUUCCACAUUACCUUGGUCACUUUGCUGGUGUUAAAAACCAAGCAUAAAAUAACCGAGUUACGGCAGGCGUCAAGUGGGGGGAGGGGCACGGAGGACAGGAGCAGUCAGCAUCUUGCCUGUCACAGGAUGCUCCUUCCUGCUCUUACCUUCAUGAUGACAACUGAUCUACUUUAUAAAAUGAAGUGAUUACUACAGCUGCUUAACACUUCACCUGGAAUGUAGAAUUAAAAGCUUCAAUGUGACUUGAGUUUUGAGAAAAUCAAAAUGCAGUAAACACUGAUAAGUUACUAGAAUUAUUUGCAUACCAUGAACUUUAC